AUGAAUCCAAACAGUGCAACAGCGGUGCAAACCGUACAGAAAUUCUCUCGAUAUCGCGGCGCACGAGGUGUGGUUACUGGAGACGUCGCAAUGGCUCCACCGCCUGCGCCAGUGCCUAGCGUCGAGCCGAAUCCCUCGAUCGCAAGAAGUAGAUCUCGAUAUCGUCGCAACCGACCACCGGUAGAUGGCAACGGGGUACCUCCUAUCCCCACAACAUUGGCUCACGCGCGACCUCAGCCGGAGACGCGGGGUGAACAGGUACCAAGCGAGCAAGCGGCAGCUAGUCACCAGGUGGCAAAGCAGAACAAGGAGGAAGCGCUGCGCGAGGCGCAUCGACAAAAUGCAAUGCAACAAUUGACUGGAGAGGAUCAGUCGGCACAACAACCCCGGCGGCCUCAGGUGUUGGCCCCGUCAGCGCAACGGCAACCCAGGUCACAGCGUGCUCCAGAUCCUCCACCCAGUUCACACUCGGGAAACGACAGCAGUCGCAAAUCUUUCUUACAGAAGGUCAAACUGUCAAAGGUCAAAGACCAUGUCAAGAAAGCUGACUCCGCUCCAAAAUACAUCGGCGUGGGUGGAACCGGCGUGGUACCUGGAGUUGAUGCGCCUGUCAGUGCUGUUAAUGCCGGAGAGCGACGUGCCCUAGUCAAAUAUGGGGAUUAUACCACCGACCUUGUUGUUACCCCGUCGACUCAAGUCCACGACCUACUGUUAGAUGCUUCUAAGUACUUGUCCCGCGACAUCCAGGCCGACAGGUUUAUUCUUAUGGAAUCGUUCUCUCAAGUCGGCCUAGAGCGUCCGCUCCGGCGGUACGAGUUUAUUCGGGAGGUCAUGAAUUCUUGGUCGCACGACGCCGAGAACCAUUUCAUCAUUAUUCCACCCUCGAGUGUGGAAGCGCUGGCUCAGCUUGAUGCUGCACAUGCCCCGACUGGAGAACUGUCUCCAGUGACGGUUCAUAUUUAUUAUUCCCAACGUCCUCGCAAGUGGGACAAGCGAUAUGUCACUUUGCGUACCGAUGGACAAGUGACGAUCUCGAAGAAAGAGAAUGCGAAGGAGCAAACGAACAUUUGCCAUAUCUCUGAUUUUGAUAUUUACUUUCCCAACGCUCGAACUCUAAAUAAAGACAUCAAGCCGCCUAAGAAGCUGUGCUUCGCGAUCAAAAGCCAGCAGAAAUCCUCCAUGUUCCUUUCCACAGAGAACUUCCUUCACUUUUUCUCGACCAGUGACAAGUCUGUUGCAGACACCUGGUACCGAGCAGUGCAGAAAUGGAGAAGUUGGUACCUUGUGAAUAAGAAGGGCGCGGCUAAGAAACCAGAGACUGAAACACUACCGAAGCGUUCUGGCACGAAGAAAUCAACCGGUCAACCGAGGAGCCUGCACAAUGAAGCUCCUCUUAUAGAGCAACAAACUUCAAGCGAGUCUACAAACCAGGAAAGCUCUGACCAACAGAGGCCAACAAGCUCCAAGGAGCUUUUCGCUAGGAAGAAGACACUCCGUGGACACGCGCCCCCUCCAUCCUCCUAUCCUCUAACUCUCACGCUCGAUACCGAUCUGGAUGGACCUUUUUCUGACAGGGAAGCAUUGAUCUCGGCCAUUCCUCCCGAGCAAGACGAUGGAUCUACCUUUUCGCCAACUGGACUUCUAGGUCGAACAUACACCCAACGACAGACUGCUAUGCGAGAACGUGAUGAUCGUGAGAAAAGAGCCCAACAAGAGCCCUUCUCGGGCCUUGGCUUUAUGAGCGGAGCACCAGCACCCUCGCCCGCCUAUGACUCAAACCACAGCAGCCGAACCAACACUAUGACUCGUGCACCCGACCCAUGCCUUUUCAAUCGAACACUAUCUCUCAACCACCCGAACAAGCCUCUUGUCGAUCUUACCCCGGUUUAUGCCGAACCGCCGCAACAUAGCCGUAAGGGCCUGGGCCACGGCGUCAAAGUGCAACCAGGCAUGCAACUGAUCGACGGAGCCACCGGUCCUGAGUUGACCCAAGGUGCAAUCCCAAUUCCAUCGGCAACUACCUGGAGACGCCCCGCGGAUAAUACCCCUCAGCGUCGGAACACCACUCGCAGCGUGCGUAACCACAACCACCUCGCCUCUCCGAUUUCCGCUGAAGGAGCCCCGGCACUUCCCAAUCAAUUUACUCCACAUAGUCUGCUAGCGCAUUCAGCCAGCACAGCCAGUCAUCGCAAUCCACGCACCGGACACGGCGUUGCAACGGGUGAUCGUAAUGCCACACGACCGCUGCUGGAUAUGUCCCCCGAAAACCCCUUCGCAGAUGGCAGUUUGCUCCGACAGCUGUAG